AGUUUUGGCGGCCCCUGCUGUUUAGUGGUGAACUGCAGUUACGCUACGUUUGGUCUUUCUGAGCCACCGUACCUCAGCAGCGGUCUGUGUGUUUCUGUGCUGCGGCUCUGUGUUAACUGCAGUAGUCACUCCAGUAAAACGGAAGUAAGAAAAGUACAUAUUGUCAUCCAGAAAUUAAAAUAUUCCAGGGAUUUCCAGGAAUUUCUCCUAAAAUUCAUCAACACAACAAAAAGGAUAUUGAAAUUGCAGAAAUUGUUUGAAACGUUUAACAAAUAAACAAAGCAAAGUCCCGACAUGGAGAAACAUCACCGGCGCAUUCACACAGGAGAGAAACCAUAUCACUGCUCAGACUGUGGGAAGAGUUUUAAUCUACAGAGUAAUCUCAAAAUACACCAGCGCAUUCACACAGGAGAGAAACCGUAUCACUGCUCAGACUGUGGCAAGAGUUUUACUAAACAGAGUCAUCUCAAACAGCAUCAGCGCAUUCACACAGGAGAGAAACCGUAUCACUGCUCAGACUGUGGGAAUAGUUUUAAUCUACAGAGUAGUCUCAAAACACACCAGCGCAUUCACACAGGAGAGAAACCGUAUCACUGCUCAGACUGCGGGAAGAGUUUUACUACACAGAGUCAACUCAAAAUUCACCAACGCAUUCACACAGGAGAGAAACCGUAUUACUGCUCAGACUGUGGGAAGAGUUUUAAUCAAGAGGGUAAUCUCAAACGACACCAGCGAAUUCACUCAGGAGAGAAACCGUAUCACUGCUCAGACUGUGGGAAGAGUUUUAAUCGACAGAGUAAUCUCAAAAAACACCAGCGAAUUCACACAGGAGAGAAACAGUAUUACUGCUCAGACUGUGGGAAGAGUUUUAAUCAAGAGGGUAAUCUCAAACGACACCAGCGAAUUCACACAGGAGUGAAACCGUAUCACUGUUCAGACUGUGGGAAGAGUUUUAAUCAACUGAAUUAUCUUAAAAAUCACCAGCGCAUUCACACAGGAGAGAUAACUAUCUCAGAUGUUCCACUGCAAUAAAAAGUGCAAAUUCUAAAUCGUUGACAGCCAAAGCACCUUAUUCCACCCAGAAUCUUCACUCUGUCACUUCACUCUGUCACUCUGACACAUUCCACCAGAAACAAUCAAGAACUGAAUUUAACAAUGGCUUUUACAGGUUCAGCAAAAUGAAUCUUAUCUGGGGAUGUUGUUUAAUGUAUUCCAUGAUAUGUUUUUCCCAGACGUGUAUGUAUAAAGACAUGUAAAAAAAAACUAGAAACUCAGACUUAAGUAAAAGUACAAGUAUAUUUAUUUGAUUAGAAUCUGAAGUGUUAUUUAAGUUUCAUACUUGUUGUACUUGUGUUGCAAGUAGUUUUUCUACAUAUUUGAAUCUAGUACUGAAAGCAAAUUACAACUAAUGUGUUAUGUAGAUAUUAUGGAAAGAACUCAAAAGUUUGAAUAUCAUCUUGUUUAUAUUAUUUCUAAUGUUUAUAGAGUACAUUUACAUGAAGUCUUAAAUUAACUUUUUGUGUUGAACACACACAGCAAACUCAGCCACACUGCCCUCCCUUAAAAAACAUGGACUGUAAAUGAAUUUGAGAAGUGUCUCCAGGGGGAGGUUGAACGUCAUAUCAGUAGUGAAGUAAAAAAUUAU